AUGUAUGCAACAAUGAUAAAUGAUAAGGUUAUCAUUGUAGUAGCAACAAUGACACAUACAAAAAAAAAGAAAGGAAGCAAUAAAAUAACCGCGGGUGAAAGGGAAGAAUCGUCAUCGCGGACGGACGGAAAGGAUCGUCACCAGGAGCGGAAGGAAAGGAUCACUCCACGCGGAAAGAAAGGAUCAUCACGGGCGGAAAGAAAGAAUCGUCAUCAGGAGGGGAAGGAAAGGAUCACUCCACGCGGAAAGAAAGGAUCAUCACGGGCGGAAAGAAAGAAUCGUCAUCAGGAGCGGAAGAAAAGGAUCUUCAACAAUGAGAAAAUGAAGUAA